AUGGAACUAGAAAAUAACACCCAAUUCUCAGAAUUUCUCCUCUUGGGGCUCUCAGAUGAACCAGAGGUGCAGCCCAUCAUCUUUGGGGUGUUCUUCUCCAUGUAUCUGAUCACAGUGCUGGGGAACUUGCUCAUCAUCCUGGCCACCGUCUUUGACCCCCACCUCCACACACCCAUGUACUUCUUCCUCUCCAACCUGUCCAUGUCUGACAUCUGCUUCACUUCCACCACUGUCCCUAAGAUGCUGCAGAACAUCCACCUGCAGAACCCAGCCAUCAGCUAUGCCUCCUGCCUCACCCAGAUGUACUUCUUUAUCCUUUUUGCCGAAUUGGACAUCUUCCUCCUAUCAAUCAUGGCCUAUGACCGCUUUGUGGCCAUCUGCCACCCACUACACUAUGCGGCCAUCAUGCACCCUCGCCUCUGUGGGCUGCUCUUACUCUUCUCCUGGAUCCUUAGUAUCCUGGACUCCAUGAUCCGGGCUCUGCUGGUGCUCAGACUGUCCUUCUGUGCACCUGCGAGAAUCCCUCACUUUUUCUGUGAGAUAAACCAGGUUCUACAACUCGCUUGCUCCAACAAUGUCCUCAACAUGGUCGAGAUGUACUUUGCCACGGUGCUGAUGGGCAUCAUUCCCCUCUCGGGCAUUGCCUUCUCCUAUUCCCGGAUUGUAUCUUCUAUCUUGAGAAUGGCAUCGACCAAAGGGCGCUACAAGGCCUUCUCCACCUGUGGGUCCCACCUCUCGGUGGUCUCUCUAUUCUACGGCACAGGCCUGGUUGUGUAUCUCAGUUCUGCAGCUACCCAGAAUGACAGGGCAAGCGCCAUUGCCUCCGUGAUGUACACUGUGGUCACCCCCAUGCUGAACCCCUUCAUCUACAGCCUGCGAAACAAGGACAUUAAGGCGGCCUUGAGAAGUCUCCUAAGCAGUGCAGCUCUCAAGCAGUGA